AUGUCAAUUAGUAGGUGCUUUGUUGAUGGCUGUAUGAGCAAGCUCUUUGGAAAGUGUGAAUGUGAAGGAAUCGUCUUAUUUUGCAAAGAGCACGCUGUUGAUCACGUAGUAAAACCAUCUUCUAAAGGACAUCAAUGCUUGAGGCUUUACUUUAGGCCAGCAGACGAAAUUAGGCAGCCAAUUAUCGAUAAGCUGAAGGAAUUCAAAAAUGAUAUUGCGAGACAGAAAAUGAAUCAAACACUUUUUUAGACAUAAUAUGCUUUGGGUAUAUUUUUUAGCAUAAAAAAGAUUUAGAAGGUGAAAGGAGAAAAAGAUUAGCACCAGUAUAUCAAAAAAUAUAGAAAUGCAGCAAUUGCUAAUGCAAAUGAAAUAAUCAACAAUUUUAUUGCUGUCUAGUUAUUUUACCUAUAGAUUAUAUUGGCUAUUCCUUUUUUGUAUGCCGAAGAACUAAAUAUAUAAUGAAUUUAAUAUAAUUUUUUUUCUUUUAUAAGAAUCCUGCAUAAAAUAGUAGAUAUAUGAUAAAAAUGAACUUGGAAAAUAUAUCAAUAAAAUCAAUGAAGUAGAAAUGAGAUGUAAUAAAAUGAUUGAGAUUUUAUAUAGUGGAGAAGAGGUUCUUGAUAUCUUUACUCAAGACGAUAUGGAAAACGUGUUGAAAUUAAAUGCUACUGGAACUAAAGAGUGCAUCGCCGAUUGAAAUAUAGACGAAUACCAAUUGGAUUACAAGGAUAUAAAUGCAGCUAUUAAAAACAUUUAUAAAAUCCCUUUUAAGAUUUAUUGGGUAAUUGAAUCGAACAAGCUUUCCUUUUUUAGAGCAAAUUCUUCAAGUUUUACUACUAUCAACUUAGGUUUUUUCUACAGUAGCUCUUCCAACUUGAGAACCAGAUCAAGAAUAUGCUAG